GCCCCCGCCCCCUGGCGGAGCAGCCUGCCGGGCCGGGCCGGGAGCCGCCGGAGCUGGAACUGGUGCCGGUGUCGGUCCCGCUGCCGCGCCCGCCGCUGCUGGGGGAGGCGGUGCCCGCGCCGCGCCCCCGCGCCCCGCCCGCCCCCGGCAGCAGCAGCAGCGGUAGCGGCAGCCUCAGCACCUCCGCCAGCUCCUCCGGCAGCUCCAGCGCCAGCACCAUGGACCUCUCCUUCAUGGCCGCGCAGCUUCCUGUUAUGGGAGGAGCCUUUAUGGACUCACCCAACGAGGACUUUAGUACAGAGUACUCCUUGUUUAACUCAUCAGCGAACGUCCAUGCAGCUUCUUCCAUGCAGAAUCCACCAGAAGAGACAUCCCGUUCUUCAAAUGAUGCAAUAUUGUUGUGGAUUGCAAUAAUAGCAACAAUUGGAAAUAUUGUGGUUGUGGGAGUGGUGUAUGCCUUCACCUUCUAGGAUGACUCACUGCAAACACUGGAAGAGAGGAUAACUGCAACAAUAUUUGUCAUGUGUAUGUGUGUAUAUAUAUGUAUAUCUAUAUAAAUACAUAUAGGUAGGGACAUUGUUGGUUAAGUGCAACUGCAAUCAUGGAAAUUAAAUGCAAGUUAAUCAUCUUGAAUCUCAAUGGCAGAAAGUUUGGAUGCAAUUGCAAGUUGUGUGGAGGUGAGAGAUUUAAUUGAGAACAGAGCCAAUACCAGUUUUGUAUAGAAAUGUAAUGAAAGAGAGACCAACAUAAAUACAAAGUGAGAUUUAUAUAGACAAGUGCUUAUUUUCUACUAUUUAGAUUUUUCCAGCAGUUCUUCUGCAUUUUGCCAGCUUUUUUGUGCAUUUUUUACUGUGGUAUAAUGCUGUAUGAAAUUGUUCUAUGUUAUGCUUGCUGGUCAUCUUGGUUUUCCAGGUGGACUAAAUGGCUGGCAUUGGCUCAGUUCUGAUGAAGUACACGUUCAUAGUGUGUGAGCAUUUGGCACGUGCAUACACUGCUAGGCUGUGUUCAAAUUCAUGAGUCUGAAAGCUAUGACAGGCAGAUGCAUGCUAUCUAACACUUGCCUUCCACUGUCAGUUGCUGCAUCUGAUAAUGUAUGAAUUGAUGCUAAACCUGUCUGCUGUUUGCAGGAGGAGACACAGCUAUUGCAAGGUGUGGCUGAUCUGCAGAUCUCCUGCACUCCAGGGGAGGAAGUGGUAAACAGAGCAGCAGCACAAGCUCCCAUUUCUGUUUGGAGGUACUGGAUUGCAGUGGUUCAUAGACGUGUCUCUUCCAGGAAACAGAGGCCAAAUACCAUGCUUUUCAGCUCAUUUCACUGUAAUCCAGAUUUCCUACAAUAGCCAUGUAUUUCCAUUAGCUUAUUGGUGUAUCAAAAGAACGUGGGGAAACUGCAAAGCCUGAUAAAUAGUAAAAGAUAUCUAUGAGAAAAAUAGAAUUGAAAGAAAGAUUUGACGCUUGCGUGCUCGCACGGGAGUGAGCACAAGAGUCAGGUAUGUUCUGGGAUAGAAACAGCACAAAAAAGGUAGUAAGUGACAGAUAUGCAAGUGCUUAUAUUUCAGUAUUAAGAUGUGUCUGUGUUCUGAUGGGGCUUCUGCAAGUGAUUUUUAUAUAGCCUGCUUUAGGUAACAGCUCCAAUUAUCACUUGGAUUUGUUCUGUUGGGGGACAGCAUCUUCACUGCAUUGUUCCCACAGGCAGUUCCUUUUCAAGAGCUGUAUCUUUUCAAAACAAGCUGUAGCCUUCCUUGCUUCAGAGAUUAUAGAAUCCUGAGGGAAGAAAAAAAUAAUCACCUCUGUUGGAAAUCUUCCUCUUCCCUCUUAAAAAAUAAACACAAAUACAUAAAAUGUCUGCACUUUGAGAGUAACAGACAAAUUCUUCAUCUGUAUCUGCAUGUAUAGGUUUUCUGUCUCAUACAGCUACUACUCAGAAAUUCCAGAAUGCCGUUUCUGCAGGCACAGAGACUAUUUUUGACACUUGCCUGCCACUGAUCUUGAGGCUGGACAAAGAGCUGCUGAAUGUGGAGAGAGAGUUGGAUUUUCUUCUUUUCUCUGUAAACCCAUUUUCCUCCAGGGCUGGUGGAUAGUUACUUGAAUCAAAGCAGCAUGCCCCAAAUCAGUAUUUAUAACGACUUGUCAGUAUCUUUUUUUUUGCACCCUAUGAACUGAGCUUUAAAGCUGGAAAGAUGCAAACAGAGCUAGGGGGGAGAAAAAGGGGAAGUAGAGACGAAACUAAGUUUUUGAGGAUGAGAAAUACAGUGACAACUCACUUUAGCUUCUGUGUGUGUAGUUAUUUCCUUGUUUGGAGGCAGGAUUUUGUGAAGAUGGCUGAGGACAGACAAGAUCUGUGCUGGGAAAAAGUUUGAGAAGCCCUGUUCUGGAAGAACAGUGGGGCAGAAAGCAAAUUCUGUCUAAUAAAAUAGAUGUUGUCUUAAGAGCAAUACACAAAUGAUGAUUUUCACAGGCCUAAAAUAGCUAUUUGUUCCUUCAUAGGCAGAGGGUAAUAAAAACCAGGGGAGCUUCAUAAACUCUGUCCUUUUCCCGUUCUUACACUCCUGUUUAUUCUUCCUAAGCAGAAAGGAAGCCGUUAAGUGAGGAAGGCUACAGAAAAGUUUGCAAUGCAGAAUUGAGCAGGACAGUGUCUGGUGUAUGAACAUGUAGGACUCAUGGAAAUACUGCUUAAUGUAAUGUGCUGUCCCCAGCCAUGUUCUGAUGGCUUACCUUCGUGAUGAUUACCUUCAUAAUUGUAUCAGUUACUUAGGGAUUUUUCUUCAGUGCUUCUGUAAUUAGGCCAGACCUUGCAAGCACUGUUUUUGUAUGAAGAGCAAAACAUUUCCACCUUGAUUAAAACCAGUUUGACACUUUGGUACUUGCCAAAUAGGAUUAUUGUUCUGCUUAAUGAAUUUUCCAGAGGAGUGCUUUGUUUAAGUUUCCUAUAAUAUUAAUAUUAGUGCAAUUAACAAUGUUUGCAUCUCUCUUCUGGAGUGCUGGACUAAAUUCUUCACCCAUGAAGAAGAGUGUGAGAGUGGGAACAGCAAAGAAACAUCACUUUGCUCAUGAAACCAAGUGACAUUUUUGUGUUGCUUUUCCCAAAGAAAGUGCCCUACUUACUUUCAUGUGAAAUUGAUAUAGGAGUGUUAGAAAACAAUGAAUUCUGCCUCCCGCAUCCAGAUCAUUGUCAUAUAUAUUUUUAUCAUUAGAGGCUGAGUUGUCAAGAAGGGUGAGACAGAACUUUAAUUAAAGUAAUAAAUUUGACAGGGUGGCAUAACAAACUGGGUACAGGCAGCAAGUGCAAGCAUUUCCUGUCUCAUAGUUAAACUGCACAGUAAUUGUGCAGCUUUUCUCUUGGGAAAACUGUUAGGUUUAGGAUGCAGGUACAAGGAUACUGCCUUUAGAUCUCUAAAUCGCACUGGGCAGAACUGGUUCAAAUUCUGAUCUACUUUGAUAUUUAUAACAAGCACACUAUAUUUUUGGAUUUCGUGUUCUGGCUCCAUCCACUACAACCACUUCCAUCUUCUGGGAGGCUAGGGAAGGUUUGAAUUCAGCUGCUGAAAAAGGGUAUUUACUUAUUCAUCAUUAAAUUCAGAGAAGCCACAGAAGGGAACAGAGAAGUAGAUGAAUGGUGGAUGUCAUACAUAUGGUCCUGUGAAAUGUGUUACCACUUCUUGAUGUGGGUGUAUGUUAUACCCUGAACUAUCAGCACAGCUUGACUUAGAGCACUGUAGUUUCUCCUUUCGUUGGAGCCAGGCAGUUGGAUAACUGCUGUCACUCAGUGAGGGGUGACAAGAGCGCCCAGCCGCAUUCCCCAGAGCUGUUCGCUGAAGCUCUUUGGGAAAGGCAGAAGAGAGCUCUGUGCUUUGAUGAGCCUUUUGUGUGUCAGCAUGAGAGCAGGAUUCUGCUUGUGGAAGAUCUGUGCUUUAAAUGUAAGCGUCUAGCACUGAUAACAGUUACAAGAUCUUAAUUGGAGUUUGUUCAGUAGCAGACAAAGCAAAACACUUUAUGCAGUGUUGGACCUCUAGUUCUCUUGAGAUCUUCCUCAUACAAACAGAAGAAGAAAUAGUGUAUGUGCUCUGCAAAGUUAUUAAUGAGCCAUGGGAAGCAAGGAGACAAACUGAAUCGCCUAACAAGUCUCUUCUAGCCAUGGCAACAGAUAAAAUUAUCAAGCUUUCUCUUUUUGCUCUGAGCAGUCAGAAGCUAAACACAGCAGCGGCGCAGCCACCACAGCAGAGACUAAAGGCUGAACAAUUAUAAAGGUGGGUGAAACCCACACAGCUACUGCUGUUAUAUUGUUCCCUGUAGGGCUAGGAGGCUGUGCUUGUCCACAGCAUUAACAUCCUCCAAAAAUAAAAUGAGGGAGGGGGAUGUAUUUCUGUGUCAACACACCUGCAAAACUGAAAACCAGAUUUUGAAACUGAUACACUGAUCAGUAGUAGAGAGACUUGUCUGCUACAAAUACUGUAUUUGGCCAUUUGAGUAGGCAAGUGAGGUGAUGGAUACCUCUGAAGUAAUGAGAUCCCCUCUCCAAAAUCCUUAUCCUGUACAUCCAUUUGAAGAUUAAGGGAAAAUGUGCCUUUGUGUCUGUGACCAAACAAAACUAGGAGCCCUUAGUCUGAAGGUUGUUAUCUAUUUUGUAUCCUACUAGAAACUUUCAUUUUGCUAUUCUCAAACAAUUCCGGUUGUUAAUAUCCUCUUCCCAUUUCUCUGCAGGCUGCUGAGAGUUAUUAAUUUCAUGUAGCUCUGUCUGUUUAUCUGAUGUAAUUUUACUGGGUUUCCUGUGGCUAAUCACAGGGCAGAAUCUGGAAAAUUACUCUUUUUAAGGACGACUUCUAUUGUUGAGAUAAUUAGGCCAAAAAUCAGAAUCCCAGAUCAAAAUGCUUGUGUUCUUUUGGAGCAUUCAGAGCUCUGGAGAAAUUGGAUUUCAUCUGUUUAAUGCACAGAGAGGAAAAGGGUGAUCAGGUCCCUGGCGAUAAUGUCAGACAUCAGGGUUCUGACAGGCAGAGCUGAGCACUUCAUUAACUCCUGCUCUGCCCCUCUGACCCCUGCAGGCUCCCUAGACCCACAGCCUGAGCCGAGUUUAACUGAACUAACCAUCAGGUACAGCAUGUACCUCCUCAUUUUACAGAGAAACAAAUGCAUUUAUUCCAUCACACAAGAAGAGCCAGAGAUCAAUAUUCUGUUAGGUAUAUUGUUAUUGGUACACUGGUCAGCCACCAUAAGGUAAAGAUAGGGGUGGUUUUACAUGCAGUUAGCCCUUUGCUCCUGAUCUGGGAACAUCCUAAAGAAGUCAAAGCAUCCUGAGGCCUUAAAGUCUCCUACUGCCCUUAAUCUGACGCUAACUUUUUGUGCUUCCUCAUACAGACCCUCUUGCCUUUUACCUUGUUUUCCAACUCAAAACAGGGAAAAUGAAGUCACCACUAUGCUCUUCUCUGGAUGCAUAGGGAAUGUGGCCGUGAAGCUUGGUAACUGUACUGUCAGUAUCUAUACAACGCAAAGCUACCUUUUAGAAAUUCAGAUUCUAUAAAUAUACUGCACUGUUCUGCCAUCAGCAUGUACUGAGCUUUUCUCAAUCCAAAGUCCUUUGUUAUUUUUAGCAAAUCAGAAUCAGUGGUAAUGCAUUUGGGGUAAGGCAAGGGGAGUGGAAGUGGGCACUAAGAAGAAUAGAAAAGCUCCACGUGAUUUAUUGUAGAGUCAAGGCCAUUAAACACUGGCCUAUUCAAUAAAGAAAAACAACCACAGUGUACAAAACAAUUUCAAAUCUAGACACACCUGUAGUUCUGACAUGCAUAGCCAAGCUGCUAUAGCCAGAUCGAGCAUUUCUAAAUCUCAUUGUGACAGAAAGGAAGUGUAUUUCUUGGCCAGAACUGAGAGCGCUGAACAGCCUCCCUCACAGUCCCUGCUUGUCCUGGUGUUGUUUUUGGAGCUUCCUGAUUUGCAGUCGUUAAGGUAUUGUCGCAUUUCCUGUGGAGUUCAGUCCCCCUAAUGAGCAAGUAAGAUUGAACCGUUUGCAGAUCUACACCUAAAACUCUUCUCAGUUACUGCCUACUUAAGGGUGAUCGAAGUUCCGGAGCCUGCAAGCUGCUCAUUCCAGAGGGACCUUUUCCUCCCCCUGGAGUCAACUGGAUUGAUAACACAUCUACACUUCUGACAUCUGCUUCAGUGGAUCAACUUGCAAGACUAGCUCCGGGUUGCUGGGGUUUUAUUUUAAAUAUAUCUAAAGAUGUCCAUAAUUUCCUAAUGAAAAGCAAGCAAGCAAGCAAGCUGAAAGCUGUAUUUUUUUUAAAUGAGAAGGUAAUAAAAACCAAGUCUGAGUAUUUUGAUAGAUAUGCUGGAAGAGUAUAUAAUGUAGCAAAGAAUUGCACUAUUUUUUCUAUUGUCUGAGCACCUAAUUUGAGAAAUAUUUAUUCCUUCUCUAACAAAGACCCCUUUCAGUUCUGAAGUUACAAUUUGGAAGGAGUGGAGUGGAAAGCCUCAGUGAAAUUUUAAACUAAUGUAAAUAAAUCUAGUAGCUGGCUUUGUGAGCUAGCCUAUAACAUUUGUUUUUCAGUUAUCGCAAAUAUUGCCUAAUUGCUUGAGGGGGUUUUGUUAGUUCUUGGGGUUUUUUUCCAAAAUAAGCUAAAUAGUGACACUUCUGAAAGCAUCUGUACUUCGCACAAAAUCACAAUCUCAUGAAUAUCACAUCCUUCAGCUCAUGUAAAACAGCUUUACAGGAGCCCUUUAGUAUGCACUAUUAUUUUUUUAUUAAUAAUCCUUGACAAUUUAACCCUCUUGUGCUUUCUGUCUGCUACCGUUUUGUACACCAACAGAUUUGCAGGGCUUCUCUGUGUUGUUUUUGUAAUAGAUGGGUUGGUUUAAAGGAAAACCUUUACUCUUGUAAUCAUAGUUCUUGAAAUGUGGAUCUCUUAUCUGUAAAGAGAAAAACAACUUUUUAAAAAUGUCCUCUGUUUUCUCUAAAUUUACUGUAAUCAGCAAGUUUAGUUGACAGAAGUGUAUUCUUUUAAGCUCCUGUUAUGUUGUUUUCCAGUUAUUGACUGUUUUCACUAUGUGUGUACUUAGUACUGGUUCAUUCUUUUACUAUGGUGAAAACGACAAGUUUUGUUAAUAUCAGUUGGAAGUUGUGGUUUUGGAUAAAGUUCUUAAAAUUGA